GGGUUUUUUUGGGGUUCCCCCUCGCCGCGGUCCGGUGGGCGUGGCCUGCCCGUCGUGGCCCCGCCCCUUUUGCCGCAGCGCCGCGGCCGGAGCCGAAAAAACCCGAAGGGACCCGAACGGUUCCGAACCCACCCGAGACCCUCCGGACCCUCCGGACCCUCGGACCCACCCGAACCCACCCGAACCCACCCGAACUCACCCGAACCGACCUCGACGAAACCACCCGAACCCCAAAGGGGUCCCGAACCCACCGAACCCACCCGAAACACCCGAACGGUUCCGAACCCACCCGAACCCACCCGAACUGACCCGAACCGGACCCGAACUAGCCUGAAACCCACCCGAACCGGCUCCGAACUCACCCGAACCGGCUCCCGAACCGGUUCCGAACCGGCCCAGAAGCGGCCCGAAGCGGAGCCGGAGGGAGCCGAAGGGUCCCAGCCAUGGCCACCCCCCACAGAGCCCGCCAUGGGAGAGGCUGCGAGGGCCAAGGACCCCUUCAACUACGGUGAGAAUGGGGGG